AUGGGUCUGCUACGCAAUGAAGAGUGCGUUUCGUUUGAACGGCUGAUGGAGAUAAAGGAUGAAAUAAAGAGGCGGGGCAUCGAACAGUUCAUAAAGAUUUAUAGGUGUAAGAAGGAUGUGGUAGCAAAGUUCAGUUGUGGAGAUGAGAUUGAGUGUAUGUUGAUUGGGGAGGAAGGAGAGAAUUACAAGCUUUGUAAUGUUGCUGAAGAUAUGAUAAGGUACUUCAGGAAUUGCCAUAAAAAGAUGUUAGCGGUUUGCAGGGAAGAUGGGAAAUGCAAGGGAUGUAGUUAUGGAGGAGAUGGGGGAGUAGAUGGGAAAUGCAAGGAAUGUAGUUAUGGAAAAGAUGGGGGAGUAGAUGGGAAAUGCAAGGAAUGUAGUUAUGGAAAAGAUGAGAAAUGCAAGGGAUGUAGUUGUGGGGAAGGUGAUAGAACUAACGAAAAUAACAAAAACGAAAAAAAUAAAAAUAACGAGCAUUGCAUCAACAAAACGGACGCAGAGAACGACAUUGGUGAGCAAGCGGACGUCACGUGCUUGAAUGCACUGAUCAAAGAAGGCGUUGAGCACAACCUAUCGCUCAAGGAAUGCAAGAAGGAAUUGCUUUACCUCCUCAAAUACAACCCAAAACGGAUCAAAGACCUUUACGGCUACGACACCCUGAACAUAGGAAUUACGCUUAUCCCUGAGUACGCGUCCUACAUGGUUGAAACGAUUCCUAUCUGCCCGAUCACCGAACCAAAACUGUUCCACUCAGACAUGAAGCAGCGCAUUAACCUGGUGGAGAACACCCUAAAGAAAUUCAUACCGUGCGGUAUACCCGUGCUUAUGACCACGUACCCGUUGAUCGGUGUAGGUCAUUCAUUCUUCUCAAAGAAGCUGAAAAACUACGAUUUUAGUGUACGCUCCAAGGUACUUACGUAUGAUGACACCUACUCGCUUAGUUUUCCCGAUAAUGCGGUCAACAACCAUCCCCGAUUCCUUUCGUUUAUGUCGAACAUUGCGAAGCGUAGAGGAAAGAAGGUUGAGGGGUAUUGCGCUGUUAUGAGCGACACGUGCAUUGACAAAGAGGAGAUAAGCAUACACACCGAGGAGCGGAGACGGCACAUGAACGGAAUGCUGUUAAAUGAAGGUAUGAACGGAGACGAAGGGAAUGCUACGAGUAAGAGUGGUACAGAAAAUGAACGGCAUACCGAUACCAUCCUCAUAGACUCAAUGGGACAAGGCAUGGGCUGUUGCUGUCUGCAAAUAACGGUACAGCCGGGCAGUAUGGACGAUGCCCGUUUUAUACACGACCAGCUGGCGAUAUUAAGUCCUUUACUGCUGAGACUUACACGUGCUACUCCUUUUGCAUGUGGUAAGCUGCUCAAUACGGAUACACGAUGGGACAUGAUUACGUACAGCGUGGAUUGUAGAACGGACGAGGAGAGGGGAAGUGAGGUGCACGUAUCUGGGCUGUGUAAAUGCGGUAAAUGCGAGGUUUUUGUAAACAACGGGUUUAAUAGAAAGGUAGGUGUGUUGAACGGAAAGGAAAGUAGGAGAGAUGAGUGUAGUGGCAACGAAAAUACGAAUAAUGGUAAUAACGAGGACGGGUUCUUCACGCUUGGGAAAUCAAGGAAUGUUCCGCUGAUCCCCAAGAGCAGGUUCUCAGCAGUUGACCUGUUUCUCGCAGAGAGCGGCCGUAAAUAUUGCGAUUUAUUCGUGCCGUUGCACGAACAAUCCCUAAAAAUGCUCAGAGACUGCGGAGUGGAGGAGCAGCUGAGCACGCACAUCGCAUCGUUGUUCAUACGCGAUCCUAUGCUUGCGUACGAGCAGAAGGAGGGCGGUGAGUUUGAUGACUUUGAGAACAUACAGAGCAGCAAUUGGCGGAGCGUGCGCUUCAAAAUACCGCUGGACGAUGGGUGGCGCGUAGAACUGCGCACGAUGGAAAUACAGCCCAGCGUAUUUGAGAACAGCGCAAUCGUAGGCUUUGUAAUGCUGCUUGUGCAGUACAUCCUGAAGAAGCGUGUGAAUUUUUAUGUGCCGAUGAGCCGUGUGAAUGAAAACUUCAGGAGAGCGAAUUUAUUUACGCACACCGCCGAUGAUUACAAGGACGAGCAGUACGAGCACAUGGAACAUCUGUUCAAAUAUGCGUCAGACACGCUCUCGCACACGCAUGCCGUAUCGUUCAACGAUUUUAUCAAAAUAUUCGAAAAUUACUCGCUCAGAAUACCAAAGGAUAACACAACGUUCUUCUAUCGCACCAAUAUUUAUGAUGACAGUGAUGCAGUCAUGCAAGAAGGCACCCUAAAUGACAUAUUUAACGGAACGGCAACGUACAGGGGUAUCAUCGAUCUGCUUAUCGAGGAGUACCCCUCGUACAAAGCAAUGCUUACGUUCAUUAAGAUGAAAGCGGAUAAUUCGCUCGUGUCCGUAGCAGAUUAUUUCAGGUACUUCAUCAUCAACCACAAGGAGUACAGAAACGAUGGCACGAUCAGCAGGAAAGUGUGCAAUGAUUUGAUCAGGAGGGUGAAUGAGAUACGUAAGAUGGAUCAUUGGAUGUAUCUCAAGAGGAGGGAGUAG